CCGCCCCCGCCCCAGCGCAGCUUCCCAGUGUCGGUCGACGGUCGCGUUCGCUUCCGAAUGCGCUGAAGGCCCGUCAAGGUCGCCGUCCUGCUCCUCGUUCUCGCGCCGAAUUGCUGCAUCUACCUUUUCGGUCGACGUUCAACGUUUGACUUGGCCAAGAUAGAAUUUCCCCUCUUCCUGUCCAACUCUAACAAAAGCGGGACGAUGAUCACUCUGUCUCGCUGAGGAACCGCACGCUUCUCCUCAUUAACCAACAGACACCAUCGAACAUGGCCGACAACGCAGAGGAGCCAUCGCAGAAUGCGCUGGCCUCAACCUUUCCCAACCCGCCCCCGUUUUGGAGGCAGUUCACCCCCGAGAAUGUAAUUCGCAUUGACGAAUUUCGCAAAGCCGAGGCUGAGAAGAAUGGCGUCGCGGUUAAGGAUUUGCCCGUCCGUCUUCCAGACAUCCCGGAAGACCUCAUGAACCUCCAACCACCAGCCGAACCGUCAACAGGCACCUGGAAGGUCCUUGGAGGAAACUACACUCUCGACGAUAAGCUUCCUUCGUUGGAGGAGGGCGAGAUCCAGCGGUUGGCACCGGUGCACUCGGAGGAAAAAGACGGCAAACCCGUCGACCGUGCAUUCGAGCUGAAGAAGAUGGCCAAGUCUCUUCUCCUUAACUUCUUGGAGCUCGUCAGCGUCAUGGCGACGAUGCCAGACGACGGCGCCGAUAAAAUCCAAGACCUGCGCACUCUCCUUAUCAACUUCCACCAUCUUCUCAACGAAUACCGACCCCACCAAGCCCGCGAAUCGGCCAUUGCGCUCAUGCAAUCGAACCUCGACCGCACAAGGGCGGAAACGGCAGCCAUCAGGGCCCAGGUGGAUAAAGCGAAGCGCGUUCUCGAAGGCCUUGGCAGCAUCGAAACUCCCAAAGUACCAGGAAAAGCUACCAUGUCGGUCGAUGGCGAGCUGACCGCCAAGGAGAUUGAGGCCUUUGGCAAUGCAAGAGAGCAGGAGGUGUGGGCGGAAGCAGAUGCAUUGUUUCUCUAGCGGAGGGACGAGGACGUGAUGCCCGUCGCCGUAAGGCCGCUGACCACCAUAGAGUUUCCUUCCAUUCUGAACGACGACUAUGUAGAAGAAAUCUUUCGGCUCUGGACAGAUAAUCAGGGGGCGCAGUCACAAACAUAGAUACCCAUUUUUUCAAGAGAAACGAGGAACCAGCCAACAACGCGAUGCCAAAUCGCGUGGAGAAAACAACGAGUUGACGAAGCAUUAGAUGAUAAGGAGACCAGUGGGAC